UGUCGAGCAAGCGCGAUGUCAGUGUCACAUUUCUUCGCUUUUAUUGUACUUUUUACGACCGUAAAUGGUUUAUUAAGCAGUUAUUAUCGAUUUGAUAAAGUAGACAUCAUACCACAAGAGAAUUAUGCUUCAUAUAUCAACUCAUCGAUCGUAAGAUGCGUGUAUUUUUAUAAAAAAGCACAUGGGCAGCCAAAUCUGAAGGGCUUCUUCAAGGAGUAUGAUCUUGCUGCAGCUUUUCUUGUGAAGUUCAAUGUCAAUAUUGCUGUUGUGGACUGUGAGGUGAAUCCCAUGCUUGAUAAAUGUGCAGAAAGAAGUUCUGUAGAAAAUGUUUAUGUUUUCAAAAAAGGAAAACAACUGGUCCAGCUUGGCCUUGAGACCAUGUUUGACUUGGAUUCAAUUGUGGCAAACCUUCUUCAGCUCCUCAUGCUCAAAGAAGUGAUGAUUCUCCAGACAAUUGCAGACAGGCAGGCUCUCAUGGAAGGCAACGUGGGCAAGAGGAACAUUCUCUUCUCUUUCCAGAAAGCUAUGGGAACAUAUGAACACAGAAUAUUUCUGGAGUCGGCAUUUGCCUAUGCUAAAGACUACACAUUUGCAAUUACUACAGAGGUGGAUGGCGUGAUGGGACUUGUAGAUGCAGAUGAGUCAAUCAAGAAGAAAAAUGCUGACAUGUGGUUUAUCAAGUGUAAAGACGAGAAGGAGGGAAAUACGUGUCCCAGUUACAAAUAUAAUGGAGUCAUGGACAUAACCAAUGUGGCUAGGUAUCUCAAGCUACUUAUGAACCCCAUUAUGUUUGACAUACCUGGUGAUGGUGAUGUGGCUGUCUAUGAGAAUCAAGAGAUUCACAUGGCUUUCUUGAUGUAUAAUGAACAGUCUAAGGUUGAAGUCAUGGAGACUGCUGAAAAACUUGGCAAUCAGUACUUUGGAACGGUUGGGGUCGUCACAAUAGACGUAAACCUUGUUAAUACUGUGGACCGCUUUGAACACAACCGUGAUGCGUACAAACCACCAGUUUUUGCACUCAAACUUUAUGGAAAGAAACCUGUGUACAUGAUCAACAGAUUCUCAAUGGAAAACAUCCUGAAGUUUGCAAAAGGCCAGUUGGCUGUGGCUGAGAAAGAAGCCAACAAGAUUAGAAUUGAAUCCAUGACCGGGGUCCCCAUCCCAUCAUCGACGGAUAGCCCUUUUGAUGACUUAAUCCAAACCCCUGAUGAUGAAGUGGCAGAAUCAGUGAGGAGACUACAGAAAACAUCUGAAAUGGACUUGUCUAAAAUCCCAGCUCUGACAGACAAGACAUUUCCUGAAUUAAAGACCAAGAACCAGAUCACCUUAGUUCUAUUCUAUAUCAAAUUUGACCCAGUCAGUAUGGCUUUCCUGCGAUCAUAUGCUGAAGCUGCCAUGAGCUUUGACGAUGGUGCUGUGGUCAAUCCCCUCGCCAGGGUCGACUGCUUUGACUGGACAGACGUCUGUGGGAAGCAAAACAUCACUCGAUACCCUACAGUUCAAAUCUAUAAGAAGAAUAAAGAGCCAGUCGAGUACAAGGGUCUACUGGAUGGUGAGAAGGUUCUUAAUUACCUCAGAAUUCAUCAAGUUGAAAAUCCCAUGAAAUUGACUACCAGGGAUCAGGCCAUGGCAUUCAUUGCUGGAUCCCACCCCGAAAAGUCAAGUGAUUAUGUUGAUGUGUUGGUUGUGGCUGGUCUGACUGAGAGAGAACAUGAGCUGUCUGUGUUGCAAGAGGUUGCAAGUGAAUUCCAGGGUCAAUUUCUGUUUUCUUAUGGUGUGGAUUCAGUUGCUAAGGACAUAUGCAGCAAAUUUAAUGCCAAGCUUCCAUGUGUGGUCAUCAUCAAACACAAUGAUCCACUGAAUCCAAGCAAGGUUUUCACUGGAGAGUUGGAACCAGAAGAAUUGAAAGAAUUUGUCACGAAAAAUCGUCUUCCUGUAUUUACCGAGCUAACUGUGCUAAACUUUCCCAUAUUCUACAAGCAAAAGAAGCCACUGGUCCUGUUCUUCGGUGAUGCGGUGGGAAACUCUGAGCAGUUCAAAGCCCUCUCAGAUGUGGCAGUUGGUGGAGUCAUCACAAACCGUCUCUUCGCCUGGGUUGAUGUGUCUAAUGUUGAUAGCAUUGGGACCCAGAUACUGCAGACUUAUUCCUCUGAUGCACAGAUUCCAACCAUAGCACAGGUCAACCAUGUCCAGGGCUUUGUUCAUCUGUACCAGAGAGAAAAGUUCCACCCUGAUUUGAUAGUAGAGUGGAUUCAUGACAUAGAAGAAAAGAAGGAAUGGCCAGAAUACAUAAUGCCCGAGACCAAAUGGGCACCUCUUCAUCCUGGCUACGACUUCUUAAACCUUAUGGAGAAUGAAGAUUCUAAGCGGCAGGAUGACGACGAUGAGUAUCUUGCAAUCGCCAAUGAAAAUGGAAUCGGUUUUGAUGCUGACGGAAACCCGAUUAAUAGCAAGUCACUUGAAGAGUUGAGUGCGGAUGCUGAUGAACUUGUCGGUGCUGUUCCAAGCUCGCGUCUGGCACGGCCAUCUAAAGCCAAGAAGGAAAAGCAUGGCCAUGAGGAUGAACACAUUGGACAUGAACACAUGGAAAUGAUGCAUGAACAAAUUGGACACGAGAAUAUGGAAAUGAUGCAUGAAUACAUGGGACAAGAGAAUAUGGGACCAGGCAGCCAAAACAUGGAAUUUGACAAUGAACGUAUGGGUGAAAUGCAUCAGCAAAUGGGUGAAGGCUAUGAACACAUAGGAAAAAUGCAUGAACACAUUGGACCUUUUGGUGACCAGAUGGAUGGCAGUGACCAAAUGGGAAAUACUGACAAAAAUAUGGGACCUGACCAUGAACACAAUAGGCAUGAACACAUGCAACGAGGGGAAGAUGAACCGCAAUUGAAUACAAACCAAAAGAACAAUAAUGAAAUGCAGAACCAUGAAGAAUUAUAAUAUUUUACAGUCUACGUAAAACGAAUCUGAUUACCUGCAUGUAGAUCUUAUAUCUGUCGGGUGAAUUAUUUUGGACUACGUGACAAUUUCAUACUCCAAGCGCCAUGUCCAAUGCUUUUCCAAGACAUCGAGACAUGAAAAAUCUCCAUGACCUGCCUAGUAUUACAUGCAUGAGGCAAAUUAAAAUGCAGUAAAGGACAAAUGUUGCAUUUGUAUUCUUCUAUGUGGUCUUGGUGGCCAGUGUGGUCCAUUGAGGAACAACAUUUCUCAGAUGAAGUGUGUAUUUAUUCUGUUGUUUUGUGUGUGGUAGUUCGUUUGUAUGGACUACCUGUAUUGUGUUGUAUCCUAGAACCUCUGAUUUUUUUAAGCAUAUUUCCAAGUGCUGCUAAUCUUUUUCCUUAUUAUGUAACUUUUCCAUAGGACAUACAACGAUUUUCUUCCAUCAGGAAUCAUUCCAUAUCUACUUAUUUGCAACAUUCAUAAAAAUCAUAUAAAAAUGUUUCAAGACAUUGUAUAUUUGGCUGCUUAAAAAUGAGCUUUGGAACAAAUGUUUUAAAAAGUGAAAUUCAAGGGAGGUUGAUUUAUUGAAAAUGAUAUGUACCCAGUUAAGCAAAUCCUUUUUGGAGCCAGUGCUCUUAAUUGGAAUUUAAUAACCUGUAUUUCAGUGCAAUAUUGUGCUUAAUUACCCACCAUCUUUACAGUCGAGUUUUAUAAAACUGGUGUCUGCCAGCUCACUUAAAAAUCCAUUUUUCAAUGAAUUUCAAACUGAUUUGCUGGGACUAUGUACUUUAAAUCACUUUAUUUUACAAUAUACAUGUAAUUGAUGAGGCCAGUGUACUUAAUAGUUGACUUAGACAUCAAGGAGUUUUGGUUAUUGAUCUAGUCAUUUUUUUUCGAUGUGACAAUCAUCUGUAAUAUCAUUUCAACCACCACAGGUUUAGGGAUUUUUUGCCACUCGAUGCAGUGCACAGCAAUGAUGUUAUUGUGUCGAAAAUUGUUGCAUGUGGGAUGCACCGAUGAAAUGCUCUGGACGCGGCAUAUUUUACACUCUGUAAACCUACUCAUGAAUCAGGACAUUUUUGAGAUGGAUCAAAUUGAUUACUGCUUAUACAUGUAGAUGACAUUGGUGCAUACAUGACUGAAAUGAUCAAAGAUUCUAAGUUGGCAUUUCAAGUAUGUCAAAAGAGGCCGAUUUUUUUUAUGCAGCUGAGCGCUGGAUCUCUGACCAGCCCAUAGCAUUGCAUUUGUUUAAUGCCCGGUGGCACACUGAGUAAUUUCAUUGCAACUCAAUUGAGAGUUCGAUGAAAUGCUCCGUGGAAGAAGUUUUAACAGGCAACUCAAGAGGUUGCAGUGUAGUGUAACUGGGUUAUGGGUCUUUUUAAUGGACUUGUGUGAUCUUAUCUUUAACACAUCUCCUGUCUUAUGUAUCUAGGUGGUGUCGGAAAAUAAUUGUAUUAUUAGCUUUCAGAUUGGUUUUGCAGAAUAUUUUUCAUGAUGAUUAAUUAUGUGGUGCUUUGAUUUGUCUGAUUUUAAAAUAAUGUGAUCUUAUGAAAGUAGCUUGAGAAAAGAUAUUUUUGAUGGCUUUUUAGAGUAUCAUAUGAAUACACUUCCUGUUUGAUGUCCUGGGUAUGCCAAUAAUAUGGUGGUCCAUCUGCAAUUGUAUGUAUAGUUCUCUUCCAGUGAGUGGGGGUUUAUGGCCCUAAAUGAUUAUGGCCAUCUAUUGGUAGAAAUAGGUACAGUAACUAUGAUAUUUUGACAGCCGUCAGAAAUAAGGAUUUUCUCAAACUACAUGUACACUCUCUUUUCAUUGCGACUAACUUUGGUCUUUCAUUUUUCAGAUUUGAGACUUUUUCAGUUAGACUCAAUGGUUUCUUUUGUUAUCAUGAGCUUUAUCAAAUAUUCCUGACCAAAAGUUGAAUUUUAUCAAAAAAGGGUUGUAGUGAGGGAUUGAUAAUCCUGUAUCAUAUUCAAAGAGUCUAUUUUUACACAAAGUUUAAUGCAUUGAAAGAUAUACUUUAAUAUCUGCUCUUGCUUGGCAGUGUAUUCCUAAAUUUAUAGUUACAAAACUUAUUACGGGGCAAAGAGUAUAUAUUUUCUCAUACCUGUAUCUGAUCAAAGAAAUCUCUCAUUUAAGUUCUCAAAUGGCAAAUAUAAAGUUGAAUUCAAAUAUCUCUCUUCAGAUUUGCAUUUUAAAUCAUGAACAGAUAGUGUGUUUUUGCGAUUAAUGGUGUACUGUAGUGUACUGCUGAAACCUUUGGUGUGAGAGAUAUCACUGAAUGCAUGGAAGUACAUGCCUAUAAAGACUUUUGCAGAACUGAAAUGGAAAGUUAUAUAUUUUUAUCUGUAAUACAUAGUAGGAACUGUGAAUUGUUAAUGGUGAAGACACUGUUAAAAACCUUACCUUGCCUUAUUAUCCUUAUUAUAAAAACCUGCGCUUCCUUCUAUAUCAGCAUAUAUAUAUGUGUAGAUAGUUAGGCCUAUAUGUUGUUAUCAAUGUUGUUACUGCCGAAGAUCUUCAAGGAGCAGUGUCUCAAGAUGAUACCCGGCAAGCAGUCAAACAGCUUAAAUUAUCAAGGUGUUCCGUCACAUUCGCCUCUUUGUCUCUCUCUGCCAGAACCCAAUAGGUGUAGUGGGCGGAGCCCUUGUUUGGUAAAGUUGGGACUUGUUAUAACUGUUGAGUUCUUGUACAUGUUUAGAACGCAUUGUUGUAAGUAAGGUAAGUGGUACAAUUAUAGCCUUGUUGCAAUAAUAGCCCUAUGACGUAUAAAAGACACCUGGCAGUACAUAAUGAUGCACUCAGACAAUAAUUGAACCACCUUACGUUAUACAUCCCAAAGUGUAUCGUGUAGUUUUCUGAUGCAUCCAAGAAUCAACCUCGAGAGUAAUACAGGGACUCUGUAAACUUUCUCUGAAUGAGUGCUGGUCCAGCAUCGUCUUGAGACACUAGCUCCUCCUUCUAAUGUCAGGCACUUGAAUGAUGUAAUCAUAUCAGAAUGUUUAUUAACAUAUUAUUGGUAAUUAUAUAAAUUGAGUGUAUUUAUUGUUGCACAAUAAACCUGAAGACA